ACAUUGCAGACAACCACAUUCUCCAUAGCUGCUAUUGACUAUCGCGGAAUCAGAAGAGCUUCUUCGUCGAGUUCUUUUCAACGAGUUGUAUUUUCGUAAUAUUUUAUUCGGUACGCGGACGUACCUCUAUAUCCGUUUUGUGAUUUGAAUUUUGAUUUUCUUUUUUUUUUACAUUCCAAAGAGGGGAAAUGAAGUGUAACAAUUAACGGGUGGCGAAUUAGUUACUUAUUUCAAUUGAUAUGUGAUAGUUGAUUUAUUUUUUUUGUGUUAAAGUUAAUGAAAGGAUAAUAAAAGAUGUUGUCGACGGGUAUCUGUCGAUGGUUAUUUCUAUUGGUUUCAUUGGCAACAUGGCUGACAUUGACGAAUUCAAAGGAGAUGCGCGUCGUUUGCUAUUAUACGAAUUGGUCAGUGUACAGACCGGGCGACGCUAAAUUCAGCCCCCAAAAUAUCAACCCCUAUUUGUGCACACAUCUUAUAUAUGCGUUUGGAGGAUUUACCAAAGACAACACGCUCAAGCCUUUCGACAAGUAUCAAGAUAUAGAGAAAGGAGGUUACGCGAAAUUCACAGGAUUGAAAACUUACAACAAGAAUUUGAAGACCAUGCUCGCGAUCGGCGGAUGGAACGAGGGUUCGAGUAGAUUUUCAUCUAUGGUGGCGAAUCCAGAAAGACGAAAGGAAUUCGCUAAAAACGCCAUUAAAUUUUUAAGACUGAACCAUUUCGAUGGAUUGGAUCUUGAUUGGGAGUAUCCGUCUUUUAGGGACGGUGGAAAACCAAGGGAUAAGGAUAACUAUCCACUUUUAGUCCAGGAUCUUAGAGAAGAAUUCGACAAGGAAGCAGAAAAAACAGGAAGACCAAGAUUAUUGUUAACAAUGGCCGUACCUGCUGGGAUAGAAUACAUUAAUAAGGGAUUCGACGUGCCAAAAAUAACCAGAUACGUAGACUGGAUGAAUAUUUUGAGUUAUGAUUACCAUUCCGCUUUCGAGCCUUCCGUCAACCAUCAUGCUCCAUUAUACUCGCUGGAAGAAGAAAACGAAUAUAACUAUGAUUCGGAUUUAAACGUGCAUUAUUCUAUCAAACACUAUCUCAAAAAUGGAGCGGAUCCGAGUAAAUUGGUGGUCGGUAUUCCAACUUAUGGUCGAUCGUUUACACUCCUGAAUCCCGAUGCUGUUGAUAUUGGAUCUCCUGCAGACGGACCUGGAAAUAUGGGAGAAGCUACGAGAGAAAAUGGAUACUUAGCUUACUACGAGAUCUGUCAGUACGUUAAAGAUCAAGAUUGGGAAGUAGAACAGCCAAAUUCAAAAGUAAUGGGUCCGUUCGCGUUCAAAGAUGAUCAAUGGGUGGGAUAUGACGACGAAGAAAUAGUUAAAAGGAAAGCCGAAUACGUAGCGGAGCACAACUUGGGUGGAAUCAUGUUUUGGUCAAUAGACAAUGACGAUUUUAGAGGAAAAUGCCAUAACAAACCUUAUCCUCUAAUUGAAGCAGGUAGAGCAGCGCUGCUAGCAGCCUAUGGAGUUACAGACGAUAAUCUCAUCGCCCCAACGAAAAAACCGUUGAAAUCUAGAACGAGAACAAGAACCAAAACAUCGAAUGUACUGGAAUCAUCUAAAGACGAAAAAACUGAGAAACCAGAAAAAAUACAAACAAGGAGAAGGAACAGAAUAAAAACAAUCAAAACAAACGAAGAGGAAUCUACAACAAUACGAAAAACGAGAAGAAAGGAUACCAAGAAUGUAUCAAACGAAGAAGAAACUUCAAGUUAUAGCAGUCUUAAAGUUGUUACGCCGAGUUACACCACACCGGCUCCGCCGCCAACUCCUGAUAUGGACGGAGAUUUCAAAUGUGAAGACGACGGAUUCUAUCCGCAUCCAAAGGAUUGUAAAAAGUAUUAUUGGUGUUUGAGCGGUGCUGGAGAUUCUGGAAUUGUAGCUCAUCAGUUUACAUGUCCUGCAGGUCUUUAUUUCAAUAAAGCUGCAGAUUCUUGCGACUAUUCACAAAACGUAUUAUGUAGCAAGAAAACGCAGAAAGUAACGACCGCAUCUCAAGAUAUUUCACCAGGUUCUACUACUUCGACUCCGUUAUCUACUUCCAGAGCUCCGCCGAAAAUUACGGCGGCAACUAGUAGAACUACAUUCGUACAAACAUCUACUACUACCACAACGGAAGCAUACGAGGAUGAUGAAGAAUAUGAAGACGAUGAAGAUGAAGAUAAAAAGAAAGAGUCGGAAGAAGAUCCAAAAGUUAUUAAGGAAUUGAUAGAACUAAUAAAAAAAGCUGGUGGUCUAGAAGAAUUAGAAAAGCAAUUGAAUGCAAAAUCGAACGUUGAUAAUAAUUCAGAACAACCAACUACGAAAUCGUCUCUAUCUAAAACCCUAUAUGAAAGAGUGCUUAGCAAAGCGAUUAAAAAUACUCCAACUACAAUACCUAGUCCAAAAAGCAGAAACUCAUUUUUCCGAAAUAGUAGAGGACCCCAAAGCGAGAAAACCGAAGAAGAUGUUGAAAACACAACUACAAGAAAAUCUGAACGUGCAAAACUGCAAUAUACUUCAAUUUCCAGAUCCAGACCUGCAGUUUUACGUGAUACGGAAGAAGAAGAUUCAGAAGACGAUGAAGAAAUAGAGGAAAAAUCAACAGGUCAAACAACUAGAAAAAUAACCGACAAAUUUCCCGUUUAUACAAAUAUAAGACGAGGUAGAAUCAGUACCACGACGAAAGCUCCUGAAAAUGACAGGAAUAAAAUACUAGGAGAAGUACCUGUCGACGAAGACGACAUUGAAGAUGAUGACGAUACUGAUUCGAUUGAAGAGUUGGCUUCGACGACGAAAAAAACGAAUAUGCCCCAAUACGUGAAUAUAAGACGACAGAGACCUUCUACAACUGAAGAAAUUCCCGCUUCUCGUUAUUCGGAGAUCAGAAGAGGUACUACGACGGAAUCUGUUUCUACAGAAGCGCCAAUAUCUUUAUCCACUACAUCGAAAUACAAACAAAUUCGACGAGGGACAACUACUGUCAUUACGAAGAAGCCAUCAACAGAGGAGACGCAAUUUUUGAGUACUGACGUUUCAAAUGACGAAAUCCCAGUAACCGAACCGGAAUCAUCGGAAACAGAAUUGGGGUCAACAACUUUGGACAAAUCAUCCGACGAUACUAGUGAAGACAAAAGAAAUACACUUAAUGUAAUAACAACAACAACAACUAAAACAUUUAUAACUACAACAGACGACAUUUACACCGAAAUUAAUGAAACCAAAACAACCGAAAAGCCAAACUUACUUUCAAAGCCAAACCUAUUUAAUCCUAUCCAAAGAAAACGGCCGCAACUAUUUGAGCCAAGACCUUUUUCGAAACCGACGGAAGCUCCAACAAAACACCCAGCAACUCAAACAACUAAGGUGAGUUACGACUUUGAUUCAAAGAUCGAUAAAAUCGUUAAAGAAAAACCCAGUAUAAACUUUAGAUCUAGAGGCACUUCGAGAUUUAAUUCCCCGAAAACUGUAAACACUACCGAUCAAGAAGAUGAAAGCGAAAUAAAACAAAUAACACCGAAAAGACGAUUGGGUGUUAGAGAUAAAUAUACAGAAGAUCACAGAACUUACAGACCAUCUGAAUUAGCAGAUUUAUCUUCUUUAACCGCCGUAGAUUUUGAUAAUAUCAAAGAAUUACAUGCGCAGACUAAUCAACGAAGAAGAAGACCAACUACAACAACUCAAUUACCCGAAAAUGCGCAAAAAUCAACGUCGCCUUUUAAAAGAAGAAGAAUCAAUGUGAAUAUAAACGAUUUGAAUAAAAAUUCACCGACAACUGAAAGAAAUACUGUCACGGAUUCCUCGCCGUCGAUAUCACGAAACAGAAAAAUCAUUCGUAGAUUUAGAACAAGGACACAAGAAGUAACGACACCUAUUUCCACGACAACAACCGUAUAUGUAAAACCCACGAAAUCACUAUUAGACGUAGCUCUAAACGAUAACGAAGUUGACGAUGAUAAUUUCGAAGACGCAAUCACAGAAGAAUACGAAAAUAUCAAACUUUCAGAAUCUAAUAUCAGAGAAAACAGUGACAUUAACAGUUUCGGAAUCGAUCCAAAAUUAGAAAAUAAGAUAUUCGGAAAAAGUAGCGUUUUCGAUAAAAAAUUAGGACUCGUAGAUGUAUCUUCAACAGAAACAACAAUAAGCAAAAUCACACCAACCGAAUCUUCUAAAAUAACUUAUAUAAACUCCGAACCAGUAUUUGGUAGAAAAAGAAAAAUAAUCCGUAAAUUUCGACCAACAUUUAAUAGAAAAAAUUCCACAGAACAAAUUAACGAAGAUCCCAAAUCAAACGAAUCGGAAACCAUAGAAAAAUUAAACCUACAAAAUAAAACAGAAGAAUCAAAAGUUCCUAAAAGAAUAUUCCGUCCAAGAGAAAACAUCAGACGGUUCACUCCAUUAAUUAUAGAACCGGAAACUACGUCCCCUAAAUAUUCGCAAAAAAAUAGAGGUCCUAAUAGAACCUACAGACCAAAAUUCGACAUCACAACUAGUACCGAAUCAUACGCUUCAUCUCAAAAGUACAGUUUUGUACCAAGGCGUACUACUAAAGCUGCAUCACAACGACCAUCAACAACAAUUGAACCGGAUGAAAAUACAGUUACAACUACUUCAACUCAUAAUCUAAUAAGUACUAAAACAACUUCUCAACAACCAACAACAACCAUUGAAUCUGACGAAAAUACCAUUGCAACUACUUUAACUCGUAAUUUAAUAAGUACAGAAUUUGAAACAUCUGAUACUGAAUAUUCAAUUACCGAAGACACUACCACUGAAGAAAAUAUUAGUGACACAACAACAAAAAUGGAAAAUGUCGAUAUUGUACAUACGGAAAUUCCAGCCACGAUGACUGUAGAUGUUGAAACAACUACUAUUAAAUUAGAGGAAGCGGAAGUUACAACUGAAAGUUUGGAUCAAACAACUGAUACCGCAAUCGCAACAGACACGACAACUGACACUCCUCUUGUCACUACAGAAGCUCUACAACAAUCUACUGCGGAAUACAAAUCGAAUAUUCUACGACCAAUUGAAACUAGACCCAAAUUUAUACCUUCUAAACUGAAAAACCUUAGUAUAAAUGAAAAUACUGAAACUAGUAGCUUCAAACCAAGAAUCAACUAUAGAAAUAAAUUACAAUCGACUACGAUAAGUACAUCUACCAGUGAAAAAGAAAAAGACGCGAUAUUAUCCACUAAAAUUAAUAAAAGAUUAAAUAAAUUUAGACCGAGUAGUAGAAACGAAGAUAUAAAGUCGCUAGAAAAUAACCCACCUUUAUCAAUAAAUAAAAAUUUAUACAAAUAUAAAAGACCGAAACAGAUUACAAGAUCUGAAGAAAAUAACGACGAAAUUAUUGAAGAUAAUAUAUACGGCAGUUCCGUUAAGAAACAGUUAUUGAACAACAAUAUAACACAACAAGAUAUUGAUGAUAUUGAAGAUGUUACAGUAGAUAAUGAACCCGAUAGAGAAAAAUCAGAAGAGAGUAAUGAAAAAGAAGAUGAAAGCAUAGAAGUAACUGGUGUUUUAAAAGAUAUUAACGCUGAUGGUAUCUCCAUGAAACCACUACAUAAAGAUGACAAGCUUAUAGAAGAAAAAGCUACCGAAUUAGAUGUAGAAGAAAUAUCGACAACGGAAUAUUCACCUCAUACCAUAACAUCAUUAAACGAAACACCCACAACCGUUACAAAUGUACCACAAACAACUGAAACUUUAAUAAAUGUUGACACUAGAAAUGAAAAUUCAUUUGACAACCAACAAUUUAGUACUGAAGAAAAUAUUGUUACAUAUAGGAAGCCUCUAAGAGAAGAAACUACCAAAUCAAUUAAAGAAGUAGAUAAAAUAAGUGACGAUAUUGAAGAAAAAGUCUCUAAUCGUAAAUAUUCACCUUAUAUAAGUAGUACUACGAUUAGACCGUCAAAUAAACCUUACUUAAGGUCAAGUUUUCCUAAAACGGUUACAGAAGAAUCACAAUCAAAAGAUAUCAAUUUGGUAAAAAUUAGAAACAGAAAUUUGUUCAAUAACAGAAAACCCAAUUCUAAUCUUUUUAAUCCGGAGGAGAAAGAUGAAGAAAAUAAUGUCAAUAAUAGUAGAAAUUAUAGUAGAUAUAUAAAACCUAAAAAAGAAGAAAGUUCUAAAUCGGACGAGAAAGAAGACACAGUUGAUAACAAAAAAGAAAAGUCGCCGAAACGUAAAUAUUCACCCAAUGUCAGUAGUACUACACUUAGACCAUCUAACAAACCUUAUUACUUGGAACCCAGUUCUUCCACAGCUGUUCCACAAGAAUUAAAAGAUAUCGAUACUGAUGCUGUAAGAACUAGAAACAAAAAUUUGUUCAAUAAUCGAAAAGCAAAUUUCAAUAUUUUCACUCAUUCAACUACUCCUUCCACUGUAACAACCGAUGAAUCAAUACCAUCUACAACUAUAGUACCAGAAGAAACAUCUACUUACAUUGAUACUGAUAUUACUUACAACACAUCACCUCUGCCCGAAUCUACGAGUCUUAUUCAUGUAUUUGCGGAAAAAGAUGAGAAAAUCGAAAGUGAAAAAACUAAUGAAUCAAUGACAAACAAAGUUGAACGACUUAUUGAAGUUAAUAGAAUUGUAAAUGUGAAAACUAAAGAAGAUAAAGUUAAAAAUCACCACGUGGAACAUGUCACCGAUGAAGAAUCGUCUAUUUUAGACAAAAUAGGCGCUAUAAAUAGAGUAACAGUUAUAAAAGUAGUCGAUAAAGAUGGUAAAUUGUUGGAUAAUAACGAAUCGAAUUAUACUCAUACCACAGAGUCGCCUAUAAAAUCUUCUGUAGAUAUGAUCAUACAAAUCGCAAAAAUAGAGGAAGUUCCAAGUAAGAAUCUGGAAAAAAUAAACUUAACAAAUAUUUCAGUCGAUAUUAACUCACCUGUAUCACAAAGAGAAGAAAGGAAAUUAGAUUUAACAGGAAGUAAAAUAGAUUAUAGUAAACAUGAAAGCAAUGGUAAGGCCGAGAUAUUCGGAGGACUUUCUCAUAUAAAUAUCAUAACACCAAGAUCUGUACACCUAACUGAAUCGUCGACGAUAGCUUUAGAAGGAUUAUUCCAAACUGAAAAACCAAAUAUUUUCACGAAUAAAAAUUCUAUCAAUGAAGAAUUGCUAGAAACGGAAAAUUCGAAAUUUGUAAACAUAAGAGUGCUACAACCAGAUGAAGGUUACAGAACAAAUAAAAAAAUACUUGAAAAACCGAAAAUAAUUCCGAUAAAGAUAUUGAAACAAGAUGACGAUAUCGUGAUGAAAGCGAAAGUAGUAGAAGUAUCAACUAAAUCGCAAUUUAACAUGUUUAAAAUAGUUCCCAUUAAAGUAGAAACUGCCAAACAUCUACCACCCCCGUUACCUUUAAUAAGGAUAAAUAGACAAUAUAAUUAAUACACUUUAUUAUAAUUUUAAUUAAUUUAAAUUUAGAUUUAAUUUAUGCUGUGUGUAUAUACAAAAUGUUCUUGUUGUUGUUAUAAAAAUGAUGUAUGUUUGAUAAUCGGUGUAAAUACUAAGCACCUUGUAAUAUAUUGAGCACUGUACACUUUA